AUGCGAUUAAUAAUUACUAAAGAUUAUUCAACAGUGUCCGAAUGGGGUGCUAAGUAUAUAAAAAAACGAAUCAAUGAUUUUAAACCAAGUGCUGAUCGAUUAUUUAUACUUGGUCUACCAACGGGUAGUACACCUAUAGGUACUUACAAGAAACUAGUUGAAUUUGUUCAAGCUAAAGAAUUAUCAUUUAAAUAUGUAGUAACUUUUAAUAUGGAUGAAUAUGUUGGAUUACCAAAAGAUCAUCCUGAAAGUUAUCAUUCAUUUAUGUGGAAACAUCUUUUUAAACAUAUUGAUAUCGAUCCAAAUAAUGUUCAUAUACUUAAUGGAAGUGCGCCGGAUCUUAUAGCUGAAUGUGAACAAUAUGAGCAAGCUAUUCGAGAUCAUGGUGGUAUUGAUUUAUUUGUUGGUGGUAUUGGUCCUGAUGGACAUAUUGCUUUUAAUGAACCAGGAUCUAGUUUAGCAUCUCGUACUCGAAUAAAAAGUCUUGCACAAGAUACAAUUGCUGCUAAUGCUCGAUUUUUUAAUAAUGAUAUAAAUCAAGUACCAAAAUGUGCAUUAACUGUUGGCGUUGGAACAGUCAUGGAUGCAAGAGAAGUAAUGGUAUUAAUAUCGGGUGCAUCGAAAGCCAUUGCUCUUCAUAUGGCAAUUGAAGCAGGUAUGAAUCAUAUGUGGACAGUAUCAGCAUUACAAAAUCAUCCAAAAUUUUUAUGUAUAUGUGAUGAAGAUGCAACAUUGGAAUUAAAAGUUAAAACAGUUAAAUAUUUCAAAGGUUUAAUGGGUGUACACAACAAAUCAAUUGAAGAAGAUAAUAAUUCUUCAUAA